UAAUCAUCUUGUUUGUGUUGGGUUUUCUCAUUCUUUUUCGUCAGCCUUCCAAAUUUCAAUUCUUAAAUUUUCUCUUGUUUGUGUUGGGUUUUCUCAUUCUUUUUCUUCAGCCUUCCAAAUUUCAAUUCUUAAAUUUUUCUCGAGAAAAUUACAUAAUUAUUAAAAAAUCUUUAACACAUGACAAUCAUUUUUAUUCUUUCCAUUUUGUCUUUAUCUUCUUUUCCUUCUUGGAAGUCCAGGAACUUCUGACGUUUCUUCGUUGAAAGGUCAACUCAACCGAGUUACAGUUUCCAUCUUUUUCAGCUUUUGAUUUUGUUACCUAUGUAUAUAUAUUUCUAGGGACCUUAAUGGUUUUAGAUGGGCGACGGAGGCCUUUCAAUCUGAAUAUGCAGCUGAAACGACAUAGUUUCACCAUGUUACGCUUCCCUAAGCUUGCUACAUGGAUGCUUCUUUUGCCUCUUUUGCUCUUUCUCUUGCUUAUUUCCCAUGAAAAUCCCUUCAAUCCAGUCACCCGUUUAAGAAAUUUCUUUCAACCCAGAUCACCAGACUACAAACGUCUUGAUGGACUUCUGGCACCAGACUUCACUGAAAAGUCUUGCUUGAGCAGGUACCAGACUGUGUUAUAUCGCAAAUCUUCACCCCAUAAGCCUUCUUCCUAUCUUGUUGCCAAACUGCGAAGUUAUGAAGAGCUCCAUAAACGUUGUGGACCUCAUACUACAUCAUACAGCAUAUCCAUGGAACAAAUAAAAUCUGGCAAAAUUAAUAGUUCCAGUGAGUGUAAUUAUGUUGUCUGGGUAGCUUUUUGUGGCCUGGGAAACAGAAUACUGAGCAUAACUUCGGCCUUUCUUUAUGCUCUUCUGACCAACCGAGUUCUGCUCAUCAACCAAGAACCUGAAAUGGAAGAUCUUUUCUGUGAGCCAUUUUCACGUACAUCAUGGAUAUUGCCAAAAGACUUUCCUUUCAAGGAUCAAUUUGACAGUUUUGAACAGGAUUACGCCUAUAGUUACGGGAACAUGCUCAAGAAUAACACAAUAAAUGCUUCAAUGGAAUCGUUGCCAUCAUAUCUACAUCUUUAUCUUUCUCAUGAUUAUGAUCAUCAUGACAAGCUCUUUUUCUGUGAUCAAGAUCAAAUUCUUCUCAGGAAAAUACCCUGGUUGAUAAUGAAAUCAAAUGUCUACUUUCUUCCAUCUCUAUUCCUGAUCUCAUCUUUUGAGGAAGAAUUAAACAAGUUAUUUCCAGACAAAGAAACCGUUUUCCAUCACUUGGGUAGGUAUCUUUUCCACCCUUCAAAUCAAGUAUGGGGACAAAUUACUGGGUACUAUAAGAAGUACCUGGCGAAAGCAGACGAAAGGAUUGGCAUCCAAUUGAGAGUAUUUGAUAACAAAACUAGUUCUUCCCAAUUUAUGGAUCAGAUUUUGGCCUGUACUCUAAAGGAAAAGUUGUUGCCUGAAGUGGAUAUGUCAAAAACUAUACCUUCUCCAUCAGAAAACCAGAGAUCAAAGGCUGUUCUUAUAACAUCCUUAAUCCCUGAUUACUUCGAGAAAUUGAAUGAUAUGUAUCUCAAGCACCCGACUUUGAGCGGGGAAAUGGUUUCUGUUUACCAGCCUAGCCAUGAGGAGGAGCAACAUUCUGAUAAUAAUUUGCAUAACAUGAAGGCAUGGGCUGAAAUAUAUCUUCUUAGUUUGACUGAUGUCCUGGUCACUAGUGCAUGGUCGACCUUCGGUUAUGUCGCCCAAGGUCUGGGAGGUUCGAGACCAUGGAUUCUAUACAAGAUAUUGGAUGGAGAGACCCCAGAUCCUCCUUGUGGUCGUGCCUUGUCGAUGGAGCCUUGUUAUCAUGCUCCACCCAUUUACGACUGCAAGGCAAAGACGGAGGUGGAUACGGCUACUCUUGUUCCUCAUUUGAAGCACUGUGAGGAUAUCAGCUGGGGGCUGAAGCUGUUCAAUUAUGAUCAAUAAUUUUUAUAGUUUAGAACAUAGUGAAUACUUUGCAUACUGCUAGUCUUGUUCCGCUUUUGAGGCAUAGUGAGGAUGAGUUAGAGGACUUGAAACUUUUUGAUAGUUGACAAAAGACAAUAGUUAUAGCUGUAAAUAUGUUUACUCUUUUAUCUCUCUUUAUAUUUGGAGUUUACAUGGAAAAUGAAUGUGAGUAAUAAGAGGGUGACAUUAUGGAAA